UAGUGGCGAGGGGCCAUGCGGCGGGCGCGGGGCGCUCUGCCGGCCCAGCUGCCGGCGGCGGAGGCGGAGGAGGGGCUGCGGCGCCUGGCGCGGUUCCUGGCGCGCGCGUUGCCGCUGUGCCGCGCCCACACGACGGAGUUCUACGCGCGCGGGCUGUGGGAGCAGCUGGUGGCGGCGCGCCCCGAGGUUGUGCUGCAGGCGCUGCGGCGCCCCCUGCCGGAGGCCUCCGGCGCCGCGGCCGUGCGGUGGGAUGACAACACAUUUUCUGACGUGUUUUGUGAAAACUCCAAGAAACUUAUCAAUGUACACUUAUUUGCCCUCGCUGCCAAGCAUUAUUCUUUGCCUAACCUUGGAGUGUGUACCCCAUUAGAAGAGAUACUUGAAGCGCUGAGAGGAGACAGCCAAGAAGCAAGUGGUAUCAAAACUGAUGAGUUUAUGAAUAAUAAGAAAUCGCAUGAAGUGCAAGCAAUGUCAGAGCUGGUAGACAAAAUAGCAAAGUACUGUGGUUUAAAGCAGGUGAUUGAUAUAGGUUCUGGAAAGGGCUACCUGAGUUCAUUUUUGUCUAUGCAAUAUAACUUGAAAGUUUAUGGAAUCGAUUCAUCGAAAACCAAUACUAACGGCGCUCAUGAAAGGAACAGGAAAUUGAAGAAACACUGGAAAACUUAUCAGAGUCGAGCAAGAGUCAAUUCUGAGACCCAGAGGUUGGAAAAGCCAAUAAAAAAUGAAGUUAAAUGUAAAGCUAUCAAUGAAAAGCCCUUAAGUAAUAACAGCAGUCUUCAAAGUGAAGACCAAGGGACUACCCAAGACUUAGUUCCUUCUUGUGUUUUCACAGAAGCAGCUGUAUCUGAGACCAGCAAACAAACUGAGAUCAAUUUGGCUCAGGCACAGUCUGAUGAGAGCAAGCUUUCCGAAGAGGCUCUUGCUAUUCUCAGUGUUCUGCCUGCUGAUGCUGUAGAAUUUUUUUCUUCAUCCCACUGUAACUAUGGGGAAGUCCGUGAAGAGGAAAGAGCACGAAGAAAAAUGGCAUUUAUGAAGGCAAAAGAGAGCAAGUCAAGUGAAUCAAGCCUUUAUUUUCCAUUGACCUCCUACAUCAGCGCAGAAACAGAACUCAGUGACAUCAUAACAGAUUUAGAGGACUGUAUAAUGGUUGGUCUGCAUACAUGUGGUGACCUUGCUGCAAACACACUACGGAUUUUUACUGCCAAGCCUGAAAUCAAAGCAGUUUGCAGUGUAGGCUGCUGCUACCAUCUGUUGACAGAACAGUAUGAAAACCAAGAAGAUUGCACAGAGGAAGUGUGGGGAUUUCCCAUGUGUCAGUACUUGAAGGACGAGGGCUGGUGCUGCGGUCGCAAUGCUAGAAUGUCAGCGUGCUUGGCUUUGGAGCGAGUUGCAGUUGGCCAAAUGCUGCCUACAGAGUCGUUGUUUUAUCGAGCUGUUCUUCAGGUUAUUAUAGAAGAAAUUUAUGGUGUCACCAAAAGUGAUCGACAUGUAGGAAAAAUUUUCUCCAAAUCAUCCUCCUUCUUAGAUUAUGUCAGGAAGUCUCUGAAAAAACUGGAACUGGAUGAUUCAAAGCUCCCAGACAGCUGUAUAAUGGAUUACUAUGAAAAAUACAAGCACAGAAUGAAUGAGCUUGAAGCAUUUAAUAUGCUAAAGGUUGUGCUAGCUCCCUGCAUAGAAGUUUUGAUACUUCUGGAUCGUCUUUGCUACCUCAAGGAGCAGAACAACAUUGCCUGGUCAGGACUUGUGAAGUUAUUUGAUCCCGUGAAAUCCCCCAGAUGCUGUGCAGUUAUUGCUCUGAAGAAACAGUCGUGUCUUUAAGUGGAAGCAAACUGCAGAUGGGUUGAAAGCGCUGAACUGAUACUGCUGUUUCCUCAUUGUUCUUUUUAAUUGAUUCCUCAAGUAUACUGAUACAUUUGGCAACUAUUUACUUUUCAGAUGCAAAAAUAAUAAAUGCAAUGCCUCUGUGAAUUGUAAGAAAUAAAUUGUGAUCUGUACCUCUUUUAUAAACAGCACUGCUUCCUCAUGUCAGUUAUUAAGUAAUGCAGGACAUAUGAUUUUCUUAUAAAAGUUAUGACCUGUAUUAUGUGAUUAACAUUUUAAAAUAAUUUUUAUGUUUCAUCUUUUUAAGGCACUAUUCUUAUCUAUCAAUGUCCUUCCUCUUGGUAUUUUUAAUUUCAAGAUUAUUCUUCCAUAGAAAUUUUCUAUUUUUGCAAUGGAUGACAUCAACAAUCUUAGGCAAGCCUGGCUUUUUUCUUUUCUGGAUUCAGACCACACAUAGUUUAAACAGAAAAUUAAUCUCUGUUAUAGACAAGAAGUGUGUAGACUAAGUAAGUCUUUGUACUUUCCUGCUCUGCAAGUGAACUAAGGCAGCUUACUGUAGAGCAACCUGAAGAGUCUAGAACCUUCUAAGACUAAAUACUAAAUACCCACAACAGGGGGUUUUAUAUUAAUCUCUUCUUCCUUCAGGCGUGUUCCUGACAUGUCUUACUUGCCAGUGACUCUGAAAGAAACAACUGAGUGUGAUGUAAUCCAUUGUAUUCCAAUAUUAAAUAAUCAGCUGCCCUGCUGCAUUUCAUUCUAAUCCUUGGGUUUUAUGAGUAAGCUAUUAUCUGGCCCAAAUGUGUUAGGUAUAAGCAUAAAAAUUUUGGUGCCUAAAUUAGUUGAAACUUUCUAGUUAGUUUCUGCUUAGCCAUACCUACUUUAUGAGUGAGAAAUUUAUUUGUUGAUGUGCUCAUCUCAGUCUCAUCUCCUUAAGCCUGCAGAUAUACUAUCAAUUAAAAAAAGACAAAAGUUUCUAUUCUAACUCCUAGUGCUUUUAUUAGAACUUUCCAGUGAAUAUAAAAAAUAAUUAAUUACAGGGAGUAUUAAAAAAGGCCAACCAAUAAAUAAUAGAAUUCAACAUUAAAAAAUAAAACCAGAGAAUGCAACUUUGGUGGGCAGCAAAUAAGAGUAACAGAAAAUAUUUUUAUAUUAAUUAUAUAGUGAUAUAGUAAUAGAUUUGGGAAUCAAACUGAGAUUCCAAUCUAGGGAACAUUAAAUCUUAUUCUGUUUCAGUCUGCAAAAUAUAAUGUGAGCUUUUGAGCAUGGCCAUUCAAGAAAAGGGAAGUAGGGUGUUUUUCUAACAUGUCACAUCUCUUUUCAUGGAUUCACUCGGAAGAAAUAAAUGGUUUUAGUAGUGUAAGUAAUUUCACUGCUGUCUGUUUUAGGACUUUCAGUCCUUACUAGCUCAGUGGAUCUGCUGAAUGUGGUGCUGAAUGUCCUAGUAAUGGAGGACACUGAGAAGAUGCAGUCACUGAACACCUUCUUUGCUUCAGUCUUUACUGCUACAACUGCCCCUCAGAAAUUCCAGACCCUGGAUACAAGAGUUGAGUCUAGAGAAAGGAAGACUUCCCUUGGUCAAGUAGUAUCUGAUCAGAGAUCGUCUAGGCAAACUUUACCACAGAUCCAUGAGGCCCAAUGGGAUGCACCCAUGAGGGCUGAGGUAACUGGCAGAAGUGACUGCCAAGCCACUUUCUAUCAUCUUUGAAAGGCCACGGAGAAUAGGAGAAGUUUCUGAGAACUGGAGGAAAGCCAGUGUCACUCCGCUCUUCAGAAAGGGCAAGAAGAAAAGUCUAGGCAACUACAGGCUAGUCAGACUCACUUUCAUCCCUGAGAAAGUGAUAGAGCAGCUUAUUCUGGAUGCCAUCUCCAAGCAAGUGGAAGAAAAGAUUAUCAGGAGUAGUCAGCAUGGAUUCAUCAAAGGAAAAUCAUGUUUGAACAAUACGGUAACCUAUGAUGUCAUGACUGGCUGGGUAGAUGAGGGGUGAGCAGUGGAUGUUGUGUACCUUGACUUCAGCAUGGCUUUUGACACUGUAUCCCACAACAUCCUCAUAGAUAAGCUUAGGAAGUGUGGGAUAGAGAAGUGGUCAGAUGGAUUGAGAAUUGGUUGACUGGUAAAGCUCUGAUGGUUGUGAUCAGCAGCUUGGAUUACAGUCAGAGACCUGUAGCUAGCGGCAUUCCCCAGGGUUCGGUACCAGUUAAGAUCUUGUUCAACAUUUUCAUCAAUGACCUGAAUAAAGGAUAGAAUGCACCUUCAGCAGGUUCGGUGUUUAGGCAAAGCUGGGAGGACUAGCUGACACGCUGACAGGCUGUGCUGCCAUUCGAUGAGACCUGGUCAGGUUGGAGAGGUGGGUGGAGAACAACCUGAUGAGAUUCAACAAGGGCAGUUGAAGAGUCCUGCACCUGGGAAAGAAUAACAGCAUGCAUCAGCACAGGUGAGGACAGGCAUGUCCAACUCACAGCCUGCGGGCCACAUACAGCCCAGUGCAGCUCACAAUGUGUCCCGCUCCCUCCCUGCCCUGUGGCAUAAUGACAGUGGUUCUUCUGCAUGAAGCAGCUUGGCCCAGCCCCAGGCAGGCAACCAUCACUCAGCAACAACCAAAUUUGGGUGUGUUAUUAACUCUGGCUGAGCUGAAAGCAGGACGUGGGGCAUAGUGCAGUGCUAACUCAAGUUCUGACAAAUACAUCUAUGCAUUUUGAUGCGCUGGCUAAACACAGUGUGUGAACAGCAAAAAAUAUGCAGCUGUACCUUUUGAUAAAAGAAUUUGACAAUAGGUUUCAACAUUGCCAAAAACUUACCAUUUUUUUUUUAAUAUUUGUGACUCCAAUUUCAAUUGACAUAAAUAAAUGAUUUGCAAAUUUUCAAAUGGAAUGUAUAGAGUUGCAAUCAUAUUCAACUAAAAAUAUUGAUGAUGUCUCUGUGCUGGACUCUUAAGAGCCUGUUUUAGCAGAGAGAAAUAUCCUUCGCUUCACAAUCACACCUUACUCAUGUCACCACUUUUUGGCAAUACGUGCAUUUGUGAACAGCUGUUUUCAAGGAGUAAUCACAGAAAGAGAAAAAUUUCAUCAAAAAGCUCUGUUUAACAUGUUGAGAACUCACUGAGAAUGGCAUUCACUUCCAUUGAACCACACUGAUGCAUUAGUGUCACAAAGUCAAAGAUCCCACCCGUUCAAUGAUAAUUUCUUUUGCUCUCUCUAUUUAUGUUUUAAUAAAAAAUAUUAAAAAAAAAUCUUUAUUUACUUAUAUACAUUGACUAUAUUAUAUUUUUUAUGAGGGUUGAUUUGAAAGUAAUUCUCCUAUUUUAUGAUGUUGGCCCACGGUGUCAGAGGCAGAUGUUGGUGGUAUGGCAGUAGAGGUUGAGCCUUCCCACCAAUAUUCCGUUACAUUUUGUUAUCGUGUGACAGAUGGCAGCAGAGGGGUAGAAUGGUGUCUGACAUGGAACUGCUGAUGAGGCAGAGAUGUGUCCUUGAAUUCCUCCAUGUGGAAAAAAUGGCACCCACUGACAUUCACUGACACUUGCUGAAUGUUUGUGGAGACCCAUCAGUAGAGGUGAGCACAGUGAGGCAGUGGGUAAUGCCUUUCAGCAGUGGCAGCAGUGACAGUGGGUGCAAGUUUUUAUGAGCAUGGCAUGCAGGCUCCUGUUUAUCACUGAUGAAAAUGAGCUAAUGGUGUUGAAUAUGUUAAAAAAUAGUGUUUUGUAGCUGAGAAUUUUCUCUAUCAAACAGUGUUACAGUGCUCACUAUAUCUUUUGUAGUUUCCAUGGGAAUAAAUAGGAGGCAUUACUUUCAAAGCAGCCUAUGUAUAUGCUACCCAAUAAAAUUCUUCUUCACUCAGUGCAGCCCAGACAAGCCAAAAGGUUGGACACCUAUGGGCUAUGGGCUGAUGUACUGGAAGGGAGCUCUACAGAGAAGGAGCUGCGUGUCUUGGUGGACAACAGGUUGACUGUGAACCAGAGGUGUACUCUUUUGGCCAGGAAGGCCAAUGAUAUCCUGGAGUGAAUUAAAAAGAGUGGUUUUUAGCAGGUGGAGAGAGGAUAUCCUUCUCUUCUCUGCCCAGUGAGGCCACAUGUGGAGUACUGUGUCAAGUUUUGGGCUCCUCAGUUCAUGAAAGGCAGGGAACUUCUGGAGAAAGUCCAAUAUGGAGCCACAAAAAUGAUGAGGGUCCUGGAGCAUCUCCCUUAUGAGGAAAGGCUGAGAGACCUGGGACUGUUCAGCCUGGAUGAGAGAACACUGAAGGGGGAUCUUAUUAAUGCUUAUAAAUAUCUAAAGUAUAGGAGUCAAGUGGGUGAGGUCAGACUCUGUGAUGGUGCCAAGUGAGAGGACAAGGGGCACUGAGCACAAACUAGAAAACAGCAUUUAUAUCCGAACAUGAAGAAAAAUAACUUUUCUUUGAGGGUGACAGAUUAGCAGAACAGAGUGAUGGUGGAGUCUCCUUCUCUCAAGAUAUUCAAAAACUGCCUGGAUGCUUUCCUGUAUAAAUUUCUAUAGGGAACCUGCUUGGACUAGCUAAUUUCCAAAGGUCACUUUCAAUGCCUACAAUUUUGUGAUUCUGUGAUCCAGUACGAGCUUCUCACAUUUAUUUAGCUAUAGCAGGUUCAAUCCUUAUUGUUGCUGAACAGUUGCAAUACUCAAGGAAAUCAACUUCAGCUGCAGGUGCUCACAGCAUCUCUGGAGUACAACUAAAAAGAGAAAAUGAGGCCUUCCACAUAUGAGAUUCUUUGGUGUAUAGAGAGUACUGAGGAAAAUAACAAGCUGGUAGAUUCUUUACCCAAGAGAGAAAUCAAAAGAAAUAAAAAUCUUUUCUUAACCUCUAACAUCUGGAAGGAAAUAUGAAUAGUAUCCAAUAUAAAGAAGGAACUUAAGGUAAAUAAUGUCUAAAAAAAAAGAUGAACAAAAAUAUAAAAAAAUAAGCUUAUUAUAUUGCCUUUGCUAAUUAUGAUGUCUAAUUAUUAGUAUAGAGAUUUGCCAUCCCAACCUUGUGUGCUGUUGGAAAAAUUUACUUGGGUUCUAAUUGCCUUUAUUGUGUUAUAAAUUGUUUUUCCUGCUUUUUCAGACCACAUACCAAAAACCGGGCAUAUAUGGUGUCCAAACAAAGUUAUCACAGUUAUUGACUGAAUGCAAAUUUUUAAGAGUACCCUGUAUUUGCAAGAAAAAUAGUCUCAUCAGUAAGCUCUGCCUGGUUUAAUUUGAACACGCUCCAUAUUACAUAGGGUAUAUAGGCUAUUGCUAAUUUUGUGUGAUGUUUUUAUGUGCAUAAAGCUAUCUGAAUUCAAAGUUAAAUUCUUAUAACUAUUUUAAGAGGACAUUUGGAAUAGUUUAGAAUUACAAGCACGUCUCUAGCCCAAACACUUUUCCACUGUUUCAGAAAGGUCUGAAAAAAAAAUUUCAUGCCCCCACAGCAACUUUUCAGGCUUUUUCAGUACUUUUCACACUUUGUAGUCUAUACAGGCAAUGACAGAAGCAAUGUGCUUCUUAGAAUAAUAACUAUCAAGAGGUUUAUAUAAAGAGUUUGCAUUCAACCAAAUCAGUUGCUGUCUGCUUUCAAAGCUGUUUCAAAGCUUGAGAUGCAUGAGGUGUUGUUUACAUAAUGGAAAAAUCCCCAAAAGUAAUCAAAUUGAAUAAAAUGAAUUUUCUUUGUGGUUAUUGCCAGCAGUUCUCCCAUAAUGUAAACAAUAUCUUAAAUAUAAUGAAGUCUUUUGAUAGAAAGGAAUUUCUAUUUUCUUUCACUAUGAAAGUGAGCUAUGCAUCUUGAGGAUACUCUCUGAGGAACUGUGGAUAUACCUGCUUUCCCUGAGGUGUUUGCCCAAUUCUGUUUGUGGCACGUCUGUGCAUUCUGCAGCAAAAUUGGUGUGAUUUAUUUAUAGUUCCUAGGGCUGAAAGCUUGGAGAGACAAGAGGAUAUGCAGGGUGUGUGUGCAGCCUUAAUAUCCAAGGGUAGGUUGUAGUCCUAAGAUCUCUAAGCCUGCUUUCUUUGCCAAUAAACUUUAAUCCUGAAGUCUCGAAUCAUGCAUUUGAACAUCACCUCACAAAACAUCCUGCACUGAUCUAGUUUCUGGACUUCAGUUUCAAGUCUUUUUCUGAUUUUUUAUUAUUAUUAUUACGAAUGUUCUCCAUUUAUAGUAUUCAUUAAUUUACCAUUAAAACAACAGCCAUUCAUUAGGUGUAAUAAUUAUUCUUCAGGUUUAAUAAUGCUUUUGCUAUUUCAUGAUAGAGUUAAAAUCUUGAGACUCAAAAUCUGUAUGUCCUAUGAUGACUUAAAUUCUUCGCACGAUAAGCAUGUUAAAGACAUCUGGCUUGGCGACAGCUAUCUGUCCUUUUGGUGACUGGAAUAUUCUUACCUGUCAUUACUUACUGGAACAGAAAUGCUUUGUUUCCUAAAAACCUUUCAUAACUGUGUCAUUGUAUUGCCAGUGAUCAAUGACACAAAGCGCCGGUGGUAAAAAAAAAAAAAAGAACCAGCACCAAGAAAGUCUUCCCCACUUAGGUGUGAAAUAGUAACUGAGAAUGGGGCCUCAGACAUCUCUUUUCUCUAGGAAGCAUCUGAAUGCUCAGUCUUUGUCAGCAUUUUAAAUCCUUUUUCUCACAUGCCUGUUCAUUUUUACUGAUAAUAUGUCCUCCUUAUAAUUGAUUUAUAUCCUGAUGCUCUGGAAGAGGUCUACUCCAUGCUAGACAAUGAAACAUGACAAAUUUUGAGUGUCUGUAAUCAAAUUGGGACAGAAAUGAAGUUGUUCAGACAAGUUAGUUGGCCACCUAGCACUUAGAACUGUGAUUUUAACUUCCUUCAUUUUUGAGAUCUGCUCAAAUUUUGCAGUUUUCAAGGUUCUCGUGCUUGCUGCCAAAUGGGAAUGUGGCCUAAUUCUUUGGGAUCCACCUGCUGGUCUUUCACUAUGUUCAUCUGAAACAACCAACUCAAUCUGGUGGCUCUAAACUUUGUAUUUCCAAGCAGCUGCUGAGUAAGCCUUAGUUAGGUUCUUUGAAUUUGCUUCUCUGUGGUUGUUAUCAUUGUUAAUGUUAUAUUUCAGAGUACCUUAAGAUAAAGAGUAAAAUCCUUCAGGAUGCUUCAAGAAAGUUGCACAGUUGCACUGUGAGGCAUCUUGUUCUUUUCUCCAUUAAAGACUUGAAAUUAAUUCCUGAAGAUCAUGCAGAUUAAUAAUUAUCAGACAAACUAAGAGCCAUAGAAUAUUAAAAAUACUAUGCACAAUAUCAUCUCUUCAGAAGUCAUUUUAGAUUCAAGAGCUCUUGAGGCAUCUUCUACACAGAAAUUCCAGUGUACAGCCUCAUUAUGCUGAAACCUGCAAGAACACACACGGACAUAGUGAAGAUUUGCCAUCAACCAUGUUAAAACAUUGUACACGAACCUUCCCAGUCUUCACCUAUAUCCUCCCCAAGGCUGUCUGCAGUAUUUGUAUCAACCUGUAGAGGAAUAAACAGACAAUUGUCUCACCAUCCUAGUGACGCUGUUCACAAUGACACUCUAAUCUUGUGUGUUAAAAGGCAACAUACACAUAGAAUAGGUAUCUAACAUCAAAAGGUUUUUCAGAUGUAUAAAUAUUAUUGACAUCAAUUUCACAGGCUUCUUCAGUCAGUUUGGUCUGUUGCUGCUACUUCAGUCAAUACUGACUAUCAAUAUUUGUACAAAAUUUUUGUCUUGUGGUUUAUAUCUAUAGAUGGGCCUUUUUCACAAUACAGUUUUGUCACUCAUCAAAGCAGUAGAUGACUAAAAAUAACUGUGGAUUCAGAGGAAAUCAGAAAAUGGUUUCUGGAUUACUGAUUAAAUUUAGAAGCAAUUGAAAUUGUACUGCAUUAGUUUGUUGGGUGGGAAAGAACAGCAUGUGCACAGAUUACAUCAUAAGGCAUAUAGUUGGCCAGAAUUUGCUAAACUUGUGAACACAAGACACACGGGCAAGAUAAUAUGGACAAAAUAUCUGAGAUUUGCAGCUACUGUAAAAUAUAUCAUGAUUCUUUACAAAUUGUAGGAAGAAAUGUAAUUGUCUGAUCCAAUGGAAAUACAAGAAAUAAUGAGUUUUCAGUAAUUAACAGAGGGUUGUUGAAACUUACCUAAUCUAGGAACUUCAAAAGUAAAAAAUCCUUUCAGGGCAACAACAUGAUACUGUUCAUUCCAUAAAAUCAAGCUAUUUCCUACAUAAUGCUUUUUUUAUCUAUAAUAUAAUCUAUUCUCCAGUUCUGAUCUAUGCUUCCUUUUUUUUUUUUUUUUCUUUUUUUUUUUUAAUCUAAAGUUUACCACUGAAUUAUCUCUUUCAGCCUUUUACAGUUAUACUUGAAGUGGCUCCAUUUUCUUUUCUAUAUAGCACAUGCUAACACCAUACUGUUGUUCACAAAACUGCACAAACAUUUAAGUUUUUAUUACAAAAUUCUCAGUUUUAUGUGAGGCUUUGCACAGACCAAUGCAGAUUUUUUCAUGUAGAUAAAGAUGUUUUCAAGGCAGCUUUCAUUGUGUUUCACAUGGAGUUUAUCAAGAAAAUCAAGAUGCAGUAAAUCCACUCAGCCAACAAAUCAGAUUGUUAGACUGAAGCUCAGAUUGCCUUAACACGCAAGCUGUCAACUCUUUCACAAAGCACUGAUGAAAAUAGCAAAGUUGUCUGCUUACUGAAUAACUUGAUAGUGCCUGGCAUCGAGUGAGAAAAUUCUAAGUUAGAAAAAAUAGCCAUCACCUCUCCUGAUUACAUGAACCUUCAGUUACAAUAACUACAACAUACAGUUAUAAAUCUACAUUGUUUAUUACGCUUUCUAUUAUUAGAGUCAUGAAUAAAGACUGGCAGCAGAAGCAGCCAUGCUGUUUCUCAACUGUAAAUCCUAAAUACACUUGUUAGUCUUAGAAAUGCUGAAGUCAUCAAAAAGACACUUGGAUGUUAUAAAGUGUAGAAUGAACUGCACGCUACUUGAAUAAAUGUGCCAGUUGCUAACCUUUUUGUACUCUGUGGCGUGAUUAUCAAUCCAAAGAACACAGUUCUCAAAAUACUCAACGGACAGCAACAAGAUCUUGAAUGAUUAUUUAUUGGCACAUGCAUUAAUAGUCAGCAAAAGAGAUAAGAAUGAUUACACCAAAAUUAAUGCUAUGUUGCUUAUGAUUAAAAAAAAAAAAGAAUUAAAUAGAAACUAAAAUGUAAAAGCUUACUUCACUGGAAAUUUUAGCUUUAAUUUGAGAAUAUGAAGAGCAGCACUGAGUCAUGUAAUGAUUGCAUACCAUCAGAUCAUCUCUAGAUGGAUUCUUGAUUCUGAGUAAAAAUUUUAUAGCCAGCAAACAUUUAAAAAAAAAGUGUUAAUUUGUUUUUCACACUGAAAUCUGGAUCAUCAUUGAAAUCUUCCUGGUGUAUAGCAAGAGAAAAUUCAAACAGCUUUUUGUGUAUCUUUUAUUACUAGUAAUAUCUAUUUUUACUUUAAAACCCUCAGGAUUUUCUUUUCUCUAUGCACUGGUCUGUUAACAACAAGAGCACUGAUUACAGCAAUAAGGAGUUAAAUGACAUUCUUUGUUCCUAAGAUCAACUCAAGAGAAAUGCAAGUGUGAGCCUGUACAAUUACUGACGCCAGUGCUGAAAUUCCCAUUCCCUCUAUUAUAACUGCCUUUAUCAAUAAGGAGAGUAAGGUUUAACCCUAAUUUUUCAAAAAGCAACAUUUGCUACAGUAAUUUAGCAGAAUAUCUCAAGAGCAAGUUUUCGUUAUAAACUUAGAUUUCCUUUCGUUUGUGCAAAAGUAGGACUGUGUAAAACAAAGAACUGCAUUUAUAUAAAUGGUGCAUUUCCUCAUUUAGUACCUCUAUCAGCACUUUGCAGACAGUGCAUCCCUUAUUCAUGAGCUACAUGUUAAAGAAAGUAAUGUUAAUUAAUAAUCCUUUGUGUACCGCCCGUUAAUUCAAGACAGAACCUAUUACUGUAGAUUGAGAUACAUAAUUUUUGAUAGAUUUUUAAAAUUCCAUGUGAGAUGUAUUGCUCACAAUGGAAUGGAAAAUAUUUUCUGUGGAAAAUAUUUUUAGAAUGUGAUUUCAUUGAAAAUAUUUUCCAUCAGGACUUGAAAAUUACAUACCUGGACAUAGCUUCUCAGUGAAUAAUGAAAAUAAUUUUUCAAGAUGUCAGUGGGAAAAAUUUUCAAGAACUUUCCUUGUUAUUGUGAUUUAACAUUUAGCUUUAAGACAAUGUAAGUUAAUUAAGAAUAAAAUGUACCACAGUUACUCAUUCAUGUAUUAUUGAAAUGUUGCAGUUUCUUAUGUUGCUAAUUUAUUUUUCCUUGGCAAACUGUACCUAAGUUUCCAAAAAGGCAAAUCUAGGAACAUGCAUUUUUUUUACACAUUAACAUUCUACAGUUUUAUUGAAUGAAAUCAAAGUAUUGUGUUUUGCUAUGUAGUGUUUCUUCCUUAAAACAGCUGCCAAAGCAUAUCUGAACACAUGCAAAAAGAGAUUGUGGUUCACAGUAGGCAUGUUUCUUUACCGGAUUGUCACAGGAAAAUGUCAGUUUUAUUCAUUGCUUUGUGGUCAGCUAAGAUUUGAAACCAACUUUAAGUUCUGAUUCUCCAGCUCAAGUAAGGAAUGUCUGAUCUACCUUACCCUAUACAAGACUGGAUGUCAAAGAGCACAUAAGGCCAUUUGUGUGUUGAUAACUCAGAGUAAUUCUCUGUUUUCCAGCAUAGCUGGAAUAAGGAAAAGCUUUAGUACUACUACCACUGGUUGCUCUUCAAACUCUGUGAGCAUGGCUCCUAUGGAGCUGUCUCGGUGUCUGGGACACACUGCCACCAGACAGACUGAUGGAAGUCACUCUGAUUUGUGCCUGACAUGUCUAUUCAUCCCAGUGAGUUUCCAUUCCAGUGCAGUGGUCAGUCAUUUGGGAACUGCUCUCAUCUGCCAUGCUGAACUUCUCCAAGCUGUUCUCCUCAACUUGUGUUGAGCUUGGUUUGUAUCUUGUGGAUCUCAAAUACAGAAAAGUUUUGGCCCUGUUUUUUACGAUCCCUAAAGUUGAGCAACUUACAUGCUCACUUUCUAUUUUUCCACUCAGGUAAUGUUGUCCAGUUGGCAACAGUAUAGUUAAACAUCACAGCCAGAAUCACAAAUAAACUGUAAUCACAGUAUGUGGUGAUCUCUAUCAAAUCCUUUCUUAUUCAAAUACAAAAUUUUCUAGGUCUUAGUAUCAGAUCUCUUUUCCAUCAUUAAAGCUAAAACUACACCCAUCCCUAAAACUAUAUCAGAAAAUUUAAGUUCUGUUCUUGGAACAAGUAGUUGAGUUUCAAACUGAGUACAUGUGCUUUGGUGUAUCCACUGGAAAGUAUGAGUCUAAAAAUCUUUACCUCAGUUUUUUCUUUGGAGAUCAUCAUUUCUUUAUUAGAACUAGUUCUCUUAUUUUCUUCAUAUUUCUUCUGUUUUCUAUUUUCAAGUGGUCUGGGGAAGGAUAUGAGCACUACUUUAUGUUGGCAGUGGCAGACAGAACUCAAUAUGCAAAGUACAAUGACGUUUUGUGAGAGGAAGUGAUUUGGAAAGUCACAGUAUUAUAGUUUAAUCGUGUAUUAUCACAACUGAAGUACGUGAAGUACGGACCUAUUCUAAGAACUAAAUUAAAAUACUGUCUAAAAUCUGAUAUGUUUUCACUGCAGAGAAUGGAAGAUUUUUGGUUUUCUCCAAUUGUAUUUUUAUUUCCCUAGAAAAUUGUUACAGAACUUGCUGUCAUCUCUCAGAGGUGACACUGUGCUUCGCAAUACAGCAGGGAAUAUGGGUGUCUUUAUUAUUGAACUAGCAUGCAAGUUGAGAGGCCGGAUUCACAGACUUGUCAUUGAACAUUGUGGUACAUAUUGUUGUUCCCAGGUUGUCCAUAGGACAUUACUGAAUAGAUCUGGAAAAUAAAUAAGUAACCCCAAACUGUGUUCAGAAAA